AUGGUAGUGACGGCCGAAGGAUCCAUUGCUGUUUCAAGCUUUCCAUCUUCUUCAUUCACCCAUAAAUCCAUUCCAUGCUCUAACUUCCACGAGUAUUCACAACUAAUUUUGCAUAAAUGCACAUGUAAAAAUAGGCUGAAUUUAACCACCGCCACCUCUGUAUCACUCUACAAAGGGCCUAAGCCUAGAUUUAUACACCUCACUGAUGAGCUCAUCCUUGUUGAUGCCAAACCCAAAAAGCUCCACGAUGAAAUGCUUGACCUCCAGCACGCCGCUGCCUUCCUCCCACUCCCAAAAAUUCAAGCUUCCCUUGACCACUCCAUAACUUCUGGAUCCGACCUCUAUAUCAUCACAGUCAGUGUUCAGCAGAAUCCCGACGAGACCAAGCUGAAUCUUCUUGAGAGAAGCUUGACUUUGUUUAGAAACAUUGUGCCUCCGUUGAUUAAAUGCUCUCCCUGA